CAAAACAUCUGAAAUAUAAUGAUAUUGCAGAACUAAUUUGUAGAAGAGCUACAGUGUCAGUUUCUUCCAACGUCGGUGUUUUACGGAAACGUAUUUGUGGUACUAUUGUUGCAGAGAAUACGAAACUGCAUCUAGGUUUAAAAACUGCUUGGGACUGUAACUGAAUUAUCUACAGACACGCAUAAUGGACACUAGGAAAGUCUACUGUGUGCUUUACAUUCUCCUGCUAACAAUGACAACCCCGGCAUUGUGCGUGCAGCAGCAAGUCGAAGAGAAGCUACUUGCCCAGCAGGAACCUAACCAUGACUCGCAAGUUCGAGAACGACGUUCAGUUGCCGUUGGCCCACUUGCGUUGUAUGCUGGAGUUGCCGUCUCACCUUGGGUCUGGGUUGCCCUUGUUGCGGCCUACGGCCUUUCAAUGGUCCUCCGGUAUGGAGUCAGAAGAACGAAUUCUGACAGCCAUUCAUGUGCAAACAAUAGAGGAUGGUGCAGACCAUCCUGUUUCAGCCACGAGUAUAUUGAUUGGUUGAAUAGCGCUGUGUGUGGUGGCUAUAAUUGUUGCCGACCUGGAAACUUAUAACAUGAUAUAUCACAUAACUGACAAUCUAAAUACUGAAUAGUUAUACGAGUCAGAAACUUUCUUGUACCACUAUCGCCUUCAUAUUUGAAUAUAUUAAAACAGGUAGUAAAAUAAAUGUAAGCGUAA